UAUCUGGGCACAACUGUCACAGACGCAGUCAUCACAGUUCCCGCAUACUUUAAUGAUUCACAGAGGCAAGCGACGAAGGAUGCCGGUCGGAUUGCUGGUUUGAAUGUGCUGAGAAUCAUCAACGAACCCACUGGAGCCGCAUUAGCCUAUGGUCUGGACAAGAAUCUGAAAGGUGAACGCAACGUGCUGAUCUUCGAUUUGGGCGGCGGUACCUUCGAUGUAUCCAUUCUGACCAUUGACGAGGGUUCACUGUUCGAAGUGCGCGCCACUGCUGGCGACACACAUCUUGGUGGCGAAGAUUUCGACAACCGACUGGUGACUCACUUGGCGGACGAGUUUAAGCGCAAAUACAAGAAAGACCUACGUUCAAACCCCAGAGCGUUGCGUCGUCUACGUACAGCAGCUGAGCGAGCGAAACGUACCUUGUCAUCGAGCACAGAGGCCACCAUUGAAAUCGACGCACUCUUCGAAGGAAUCGACUACUACACGAAAGUGUCAAGAGCACGCUUUGAGGAAUUGUGUGCCGAUUUGUUCCGUCAAACACUGGAGCCAGUGGAGAAGGCGCUGAAUGAUGCGAAGAUGGACAAGAACCAGAUUCACGACAUCGUUUUGGUUGGUGGUUCUACACGCAUUCCAAAGGUACAGAGUCUAUUGCAGUCGUUCUUCUGUGGCAAGAGCUUGAACCUUUCGAUCAAUCCGGACGAGGCGGUGGCAUAUGGUGCAGCUGUCCAAGCAGCUAUUCUUAGUGGAGACAAGAGCAGUGAAAUUCAGGAUGUUCUCCUAGUCGAUGUGGCGCCACUGUCAUUGGGUAUCGAAACGGCUGGCGGUGUUAUGGCGAAAAUCAUUGAACGCAAUUGCCGAAUUCCAUGCAAGCAAACGCAAACAUUCUCCACCUACUCGGACAACCAACCUGGCGUCACCAUACAGGUGUAUGAAGGUGAGCGUGUGAUGACCAAGGACAACAACCGCUUGGGCACUUUCGAUCUAUCAGGCAUACCGCCAGCACCACGUGGAGUGCCACAGAUUGAAGUGACAUUUGAUCUGGAUGCCAAUGGUAUUCUGAACGUAUCGGCGAAGGAAAUGAGUUCGGGUAAUGCCAAGAAUAUCACCAUCAAGAACGACAAGGGCCGUCUAUCGCAAGCCGAAAUCGAUCGCAUGGUCAACGAGGCUGAACGUUAUGCCGAAGAAGAUGAACGUCAGCGCAACAAGAUCGCGGCAAGAAACAGCCUGGAGAGCUAUGUGUUUGGCGUGAAGCAAGCGCUGGACGGUGCUGGUGAUAAACUCAGUGCGCAAGAGAAGAGCGAGGCGCUGAAGGCUUGCGACGACACAAUCAAGUGGCUGGAUGCGAAUACGUUGGCCGACAAGGAAGAGUACGAAGACAAGAUGAAGACGCUAACACAGCUUUGCACACCAGUUAUGACGAAGUUGCAUAGCGGUGGACAAGGAGCUUCCUGUGGUCAACAGGCGGGCGGUUUCAAUGGUGGACGCAGUGGUCCUACUGUUGAGGAAGUAGAUUAAUCUGUAGCAGUUAGCAAAUGUUAUUAGGAAUAGAUCUCUGUACUUUAAUGUGUAAUUCAUAAGAAGCUAUUAGUAAAGAGUUAACUAGUCUCUAGAAGAAAUGUAAUGUAAAAAAGAAAGACUGCAAAAUAUA